CUGCACUGAGAGCGGUGGGUGGUGGGACUUUCAAACAUUGGGAUACACGUUUAGCAAAGGCCACCUGGCUAGUUUAACACCAGGGGAUCUACCAAUCGAGCUGGCCCUGCCCAAUGAAGGCAAACCCAUCUGUGGCAUUGCUUUUGCUCAAGGACCUGGGUGUGCUUGGUGGGUGAUGCAGAAAGAUGAGGAAGUAAUUUUGGGUGAGAAUAGCCAAUAAAUUAAGUUGUAUGGUGUGAAUUGCUACAUAAUAAUGCAUGUCAUCUCUACUUUGAUUGCUAAAUACCAUAAUAGGAGUAUUACAGUAAGAAUCACCCAGAUAAAUGAAGAAUAACUUUGAUGAAAAUGAGCAAAGUGCAGCGAUGAUGAAACCAGAACUGGCUACAGCAACAAGCGCCCAGCAACUUCCUUGAGAUUGACACCUUUAACCUGCAGGCCAUGAGAUUGGACCAUGCCAGAUACAGCAGCCGUGAGCUCCGGAUGCAGCAUGCAACAAUCCAACAGUACACACCAUCGCUUCUGCCCCGAGAGACUGUUGCGGCAGAUGAAGCCCAAAGUCAUGGAUGAAAUGAACUCGAUGAACAUUUUUGAGGGAUUUAGAGGGAAGGACAUAGACUAAGGGAGUGAUACCGGCAUGUACAGUAAAAAGACUGUACUUUCAAAAGACAGGAAAAGUGAUGGUGAUUAAUUGGAAUGUAUUGGGAAAUAUAAGACCUGGGCAUGACAUAGAUGGUAUGGAUUAAGGCGUGGAUACUGUCCUGGUUUCGACUUAGAGUUAAUUUUCUUUCUAGUAGAUGCUAUAGUGCUGUGUUUUGGAUUUAGUAUGAGAAUAAUGUUGAUAACACUGAUGCUUUUAGUUGUUGCUACGUAGUUUUAGUGCCUACACUAAGUCAAGGACCUUUCAGCUUCUCACGCCUUGCCAGGUGCACAAGAAGCUGGGAGGGGAUGCAGCCAGGACAGCUGACCCAGAUUGGCCAAAGGGAUAUUCCCUAAUAUAUAGCAUCAUGAUUCAUAUAUAACUGGGGAAGCGAGUUGGGCGGUAGAGUCACUGCUUGGAAACAGACUGGGCAUCAGGUUGUUUUAUUUGCCGUUUGCAUGUGGUGAGCAAUUGCAUUUGUGCAUCAGUUGUAUUAUUAGUAGUAGUAGUAGUAUUAUUUUCUCUUCCUUUGUUAUGCUAUUAAACUGUCUUUAUCUCAAGCCAUGAGUUUGUUUUCCCAUUCCCCUCCUCAUCCCCUUGAGGUGGGGGGAGUGAGCGAGUUGCUGCGUGGUGCUUAACUGCCGGCUGGGGCUAAACCACGACAAUGAGAAAAAAGGUACUUCUUAGCUGCAUAAUCCUUCUGUAACUGAUACUUCCGAAUUUCUUCCAGAGUUACUACACUUAACCUGGAAGAUACCUAGUUUAGGCAUAAACAGGGUAAAUUAGAAAAUAACUGUUUCAAAAGAUAUCAGUGACUUGCUUUCCAUGUUAUUGAUUCAUGGGGUUUUUUUCCUCAUUAUAUAACAUGAACAAAAGCUUUAGAGCAAACUGUUCCAGCUGUCUUCUCCUGAAAAGGAAGCAUGGAAAACUAGCACUUUAAAAACCUUUUUUUAUAAAAUCUUUUCUUUUAAAGGCCGUGCUCCUAAAAUCACCAUGCCACCCCCACCUCAGAACAAGAAUGAUGACUUCAGUGAUGACUUCAUUCAUUCAGUGAAGACUUCAUUGCAGACAGAUAAAACAACUUUCACACCUGAAAUAAAAAACACCACAGUGACUCCAAGUGUAACCAAAGAUGUGGCAUUGACAGCAGUUCUGGUUCCAGUGCUGGUGAUGGUCUUCACUACUCUGAUUCUUAUCUUAGUUUGUGCGUGGCAUUGGAGAAACCGCAAGAAAAAAACUGAGGGCACUUACGAUCUACCUUACUGGGAUCGUGCAGGGUGGUGGAAAGGAAUGAAGCAGUUUCUCCCAACGAAAUCAGCAGAACAUGAAGAAACUCCCGUACGCUACAGCAGCAGUGAAAUUGGUCACCUAAGACCAAGAGAAGUCCCAACAAUGCUGCAAACAGAGUCUGCAGAGUAUGCUCAGCCACUGGUAGGGGGAAUUGUCGGCACGCUUCAUCAGAGAUCAACCUUUAAACCAGAGGAAGGGAAAGAAGCAAGUUACGCCGAUUUGGACCCUUACAAUUCACCCAUACAAGAAGUUUACCAUGCUUAUGCUGAACCGCUACCUAUAACGGGACCGGAAUAUGCAACUCCAAUAAUCAUGGACAUGUCCAACCAUCCCAGCACCCCUCUUGGCGUUCCUUCCAUUUCCACCUUCAAAGCUGCAGGGAAUCAAGCUCCUCCACUGGUGGGAACUUACAAUAAACUCUUAUCUAGGACAGACAGCGCAUCAUCAGCACAGGUGCUGUAUGACACACCAAAGGGGCAGCCGGGGCCAGGUGCCACUGAUGAAUUGGUGUACCAGGUACCACAGAGUGUGGCCCAUUCCGCUGGGAGUAAGGAUGAACUGAGUUAGCUCACGAGUAAGGUAGAAUGAUGGCUUGCUUUUUAAAAGCCAAUUCCAUGAAGCUGACAGUUUCACUUUUUAAUCGCGUUGUUUUGAUAUUGUUAGUCUUAAAUAAUACAAUGUUCAACCAAAAGAUGUGGUAUUGGAGGUCUGGGAAACCAGUAAUUCUGCCUUUCCUUAAGCUGUAUAUGUAAUGACAGCUUGUUUCCUGCAAAACUGUGGACGUUUUUAUUACUACUGUACAGUUGUCUGUCAGACAUGAGAGAAGAACUCUUCAAGAUUAGCUUCAGUAAUUCAUAGAUGUGAAUGCUAAAUUGGGAGAAACAGUUUAAAGUAUGAAAGCCAGUAAUUUCUCGCUAAUGGUACUAUUUCGGGGGGGACGAC